GACUUUUAUAAACAAUGAACAUAACCUAAUAUCACCUCGUAAUUUGUUAUCUAACGAUAAAAUGUAUUUAUUACAAUAAGAAAGUACCUUAAAAACGCAUAACACAAGUGCAAUUCUUUUAAAGGCUUGUCUUGUAAUAAAGAAGAUACGUUUGUUAAAUGAGCAACAUACAGGAACAACGACCUGAAUGGUUUUUUUGUUUUCUUGUAUAAUGAAAUAAUAAACAAUUUUAUUAUCAUUUCUAAUGGCAUCAAAUAACAUUAAAUCGCUCUUAAAAGAUGCUCGUGAAGCCCUUAAGAACAAAGAUUAUCAGACAUCGUUAAAACUUUGCAAGACCAUUUUAAAGCAAGAUAAAGAAAACUAUAUGGGAUUGGUUUUUUUGGGAAUAUCAUUGCAAGAAGUAGGACCUACUGACCAAGCAAAAAAAGCUUUUCUUAAAGCUAUAAAUGUAAACUCUGAAAAUGUCCUAGCAUGGAAUGGAUUGCUGAAUUAUUAUGAUCAAUUUGAAAAUGAAAUUGACACAGCACACUUGAUUGAAGUUUACUUAAAGAUUUUAGAUUUAGAAACGAAUGAUAAAAAGCUGAAAGAAAUAUAUGAAAAAAUAGAAGCAAUAAAAUUCAUACCAGAAAAUCUGUUCCCUUCUGUUGUGAACCAUAUGUACAAAGCAGCAAAAUCCCUGAAAGAGCGAAACUGUAUAUCAGAAGGGCCAUGGUCUGCUAUUGUUGCUGUUAUCUGGAACAAAAAAGACAAAACUGAAUUAUCUGAAGAAAUAUGGCAAAUGCUUGAAGAAGCACUUUCUGAAUUAGUUCAUACUUCAAAGUGGAUGAGCAGUGAUAAUUACUCCAAAUACUUAAAAGUUUUGCAUGAAAGAAAAAAAUAUGUACUUUUACUUGAAGAAUGUCAAAGAAUGCAUUCCAUUUUUGAAGAAAGCACUAUUCCAUUAGAAUGGGUUUGUAAACUAUAUAAUCAACUAGAAGUGGAAAAGGAUAAUUUAAGUGCAGUUUUUGAACCAACAGCUAAAGAGUAUUACGAAAUACUAGAAAAAAUUAAUCCAAAAUCUGCCACAGUUUUGUUUACAAACAGUUUGAUUCAUUAUAAGAAUGGUAACAUACUUCUAGCAAGAGAUGUUCUGAAAGAAGUCACAUCCUUGCACCCGAAAUUUCUGCAUGGGUGGAUGUUAUUAACGUCUUGCUAUUUGAAAUUAAAAAAUUUCGAAGAAGCUUUAAAAUCGUCAGAACACACUCAAAAACUACUCAAAGAAACAAAUAAUACUAGUACAUUUUUAUGCAAUACUGUGCUAGAUUUAGAGCUGCAAAUAUUAUCAAUGCAUUCGAUGCAGGAAUGCUGGGAGAAAUGCAUCGAAAAAUGUAAAGAGAUUGCGAACGGUGAUAAAAAUCGAAAAUUAUGCAUGGCGAGAAGCUAUAUGAAUUUAGGAAAAUUAAUCGAAGCAAAAACCAUACUCAAUGAAAUAAAUGGAGAUGAAAAUGAUGUGUCUGUAUCUGUAUUGAAAGCAAAUCUUCUAGAAAAAGAAGGAAAAACUGAAGACGCUAUAAAAUUACUGACAAAACUGAGUGAAAAUAAUAACGAUUCAGAUGUUUGGUUCGAAGUUGGUCUCUUACACUGGAAAAUACAUGACUAUGAUAAAAGUGCGAUACCAUUUCUAAAGGCAGCGAAAUUGAACCCCAACAAUUAUUCAAUUUUUUUAUAUUUGGGGCAUUACUAUCAAAAGUAUAACAAUAUUGAAAAGGCAAAAAAGUGUUUCGAAAAAGCCUUUAAAAUUAAUAGCAAUUGUAUUGAAGCGGCUCUGGAAUUGGGAGAAAUAUACAGAAAACUUGAAGAUUGGGAUGCAAAUCUGACUCUUUUGCGAGAAUUGGCGGGCGGUUCAGUUAAUGAAUGGAACAACUGGGCUUGGGUUCAACUUGGCGUUUCUUAUUUAGAAAAGCAAGAUUUCAAUUGUGCCAUAGACACAUGGAGAUAUCUGGUGAGAUGUAAGCCGCUAAACAGUCAUUUUUGGGAGGGCUUAGCCGAUUCUUAUUUAGCAAGAGGAUCUUACACAUCUGCUUUGAAAUGUUAUCAAAAAGCAGCUGAAAUAACUCCCAAUGCGUUGUAUCCUCUAUUACAAAUAGCCACCGUUAAAAGGAUUUUGGGCCAAUAUGCAGAAGCCAGGGCUGAUUUUGAAGCCUUACUUUCUACCAAUCAGAAAUACGUUCCUGCGCUUAAGGGUUUAGCAGAAACUUGCUUAAACCAGGCAAAAUUGUAUAAUAAAAACCAACUUUUGGGUUUAACAAGAGAUUGCUGCCAAUGCGCAUUGGAAAACCUGCUAACUGCUAUUAAAGAAAGGAACAAUUUUUCGUGUUUGUGGAAAUUAGCAGCAGACGGUUGUUAUUUAGUAGCCCAGCUACCUGAAAAAUAUUGUUGUUUGUUAAUACCAGCAUCUCUCGUCGAUGAAAGUGACGACGGGGGCAGCAAAAUUAUGGAAAUGGAUGAUCUAUUUUUAAUGGCAACAAGAUAUUAUAGUAAAUCAAUAUUAUUGUCUAAAAGCAAUAUAUUGAUUUGGCACGACUUGGCAAGUUGUUACUUAUCUUAUGCAAAGAGCGUAACUGAUCCACGGAAAGCGAAAACUUUGUACGAUAAAGCCUUGAUGGCUGCACAAUAUUGUACCAAAGAAAAUCCUUCCCAUUGGGAACAUUGGAAUCUUUUAGGAAAUAUAGCAAUUUCGAAAGACCCAAGUGAUUAUGCGUUAGCACAACAUGCAUUUAUAAAAGCAAUCACAGUUGAACAUAACAGUGCCGAAGCUUGGACAAAUUUGGGCAGUUUAUACCUCAAGUUGGACGAGUUUAAACUAGCUAAUGCAGCUUUCGCAAGGGCCCAACGUGCUGAUCCGACGUAUGUGAACAGCUGGGUAGGACAAGCUAUUAUAGCAGAAACAAUGGGCGCAGAAGAAGCAAUGGACCUGUUUCGUCAUAGUACUCAAUUGGGGAUGCAAAUGCAAGGUGCUCUGGGUUAUGGUCAGUGGGUCUGUCAGACUCUUAUAGAUUCACCACCUCACACCUUUAUUUACGCAAUCCAUAAAAUGCACGCCGUUCCCGUAGCGUGUGAUGCCUUGACGUGGUAUAUUGAACGAAAUCCAUACGAUAGUUGUGCGUGGAAUAUGUUGGGAAUUUUAAGAGAACGCCUCGGCAUGAAGGCCACAACGUUGGAAGCUUUUACAAACGCGUAUAAAAAGUGUAUUGAAAUAUACAGAGACAAAGCCAAAAUAAACAUGGGAAGAAUCAAUUUUCGAUUGGGCAAAUACAAGGAAGCGAUCGAUUUCUAUCAAAGCGUCAAGGAAGCCAAUUUUAAAUCCGGAAGUGGAUUAGCAUUAGCACGAUUUAAAGCUAAACAGUACGAAGAAUCUUACGAAGAGUACGAAGCAGCAUUGCAUUGGUUAACCGAUGAGCAAUCGCAUCAAUCCGAUCUUCUGGUUGCUCUCGCCUCGAUGGCGUAUACAUUUCAAGGACCAGAUGCUGCAAAAACCCUUCUUUUUCAAAGUGUAAAAUGUAACCCUCCAUCCCCUUUUGCAUACUACGCCAUUUUGGCUCUGGGGUUAUUAAAUGACGAUUUCAAAUUGGCUGAAGCAGCGGUAAAAGAAAUGACCACUUUGAAAGAUAGAAAAGAAUGCUUGUCACACACAUCCACUUUACUGUCUCACUUUUAUUUUAAAAAGAAUGAAAUUAGUAAAGGUAUUCGGGAACUUAGUAAACUUAUCCAUCGUCAUCCUGAUCAGGCAUCCUUGUGGUUAUCAUUUGCUAUUUUAUUUGCAAGAUGCAAAAGUGGAAAGAAAUGCAUAACGCUGGCGGCAUCGCAUUGUGCCAAAAUUGCAGUGAAACUGCGUGAAACUAAUAUGGACAUCAAAUUGGCUUUAUGUAUUAUAUCACUUCUCUGUUCAAUUGCCGGUGAUGAGAAACAAGCACUGAAAGCGGCGCAGAAAGCUGUUCACUGUUAUCCGAAUUUAUCUGAAUGCUGGUGCGUUUUAAUAUUCACCUUGUUAUCUAAUCAACAAACAACUAAAAAUCAUAAAUUCUGGUUGAAAAAUGCACUACGAUCUGCGAAAGAUCUAGACGGUACUUCGACUGCAACGAAAGAGUGGUUGAAAAUUCAAGAAAAAAUUGUGGAUGACUUAUAAUAAUUUUAAUAUUUUGUACGUGUCUGAUAAAUAAAACUUUUUUC